GAGCGCCGCGGUUUCCUCUCAUCCCUUAACCCUCAUUGGGUCGGUGUUUAUCACGGCCAGCUGAGCUGGGUGAGGGAGAGGGAGGCGAGAAGAGCACCAGCCGCUGGAGGAAGUACACAUACCAACUACAGAGAUGAUUGUAAACACCGGAAAACUCGCAGGCCGUACGUUGUUUAUCACCGGAGCCAGUAGAGGUAUUGGUAAAGCCAUUGCCCUCAAAGCUGCUCGAGAUGGGGCCAACAUUGUAGUGGCUGCGAAAACUGCAGAUCCUCAUCCAAAACUUCCUGGAACCAUCUUCACUGCUGCUAAGGAGAUUGAAUUGGCAGGAGGACAAGCCCUCCCAUGUGUAGUGGACGUGCGGGAUGAGGGAUCUGUGCAGCAGGCCAUAGAUAAUGCCAUACAGCAGUUUGGUGGCAUCGAUGUUGUUGUGAACAAUGCCAGCGCCAUCUCCCUCACAGGAACCCAGGAGACUUCCAUGAAAAAAUAUGAUCUCAUGCAUCACAUUAAUACCAGAGGAACCUACCUUGUAUCCAAGUCAUGCAUUCCACACUUGUUAAAGAGUCCAAACCCACACAUCUUGAAUAUAUCUCCUCCUCUCAACAUGAGGCCACGCUGGUUCCAGAACCAUGUUGCUUACACCAUGGCCAAGUAUGGAAUGUCUAUGUGUGUGCUAGGCAUGGCUGAAGAAUUCAGAGAUAAUGGCAUUGCAUGUAAUGCACUAUGGCCACGUACUGCAAUCAUCACAGCAGCCAUGGAAAUGUUAGGUGGUAGUGGCAUUGAUAAACAGUGCAGAAAGCCAGAAAUUAUGGCUGAUGCUGCUUAUGUCAUGCUGUGCAAGGACUCCAAAUCAUACACUGGAAAAUUUGCUGUGGAUGAUGACGUCUUAAAAGCUGAGGGAGUCACAGAUUUAGACUCAUAUGCUGUUGAUCCAAGUUGUCCACUUAUGCCAGAUUUCUUUUUGGAUGAAUUUGACAAUUUUAGUGUUGAACAAGCUAAGGAACAGGGUGCUGUUCCAAAGUAUGUUGAUGGAAAAGUUCAAGAGGAAGGCACACCCAAGGGUGAUGGACAGGUUUCACAGAUUUUUGCAAAGAUUGAAGGUUUCCUGAGUGAUGAGCUUGUGGAGAAGACCAAGGCUGUGUUUUCCUUUGAGGUAACUGGUGAUGAGGCCAGCAAGUGGUACUUGGAUCUGAAAAACGGCUCAGGUUCCUGUGGGCGUGGUGACCCAGCCACUGCUGCUGAUGCCACCUUCACCAUGAGUAGUGAUAACUUCUUCAAAAUGUUUACAGGUUCACUGAAGGCAACCAAUGCAUUCAUGACAGGAAAAAUGAAGAUCUCAGGGGAUAUGGGUAAAGCCAUGAAGUUAGAGAAGCUUAUGGGCAAACUGAAGGCAAAACUUUGAACAUAAUACAUGUGCAAUUGGUAUCAACCAUUAGAUUAUAAAGUAACUUAAAUGUGUGUAAUAGGUACUUUCUCCAUUUAUCUAUGUAAAGUCUGCCUAAACCUGUAGCUACUCAGAAGCAGGUAUUUUUGUUACAGAGGAUUAUAUUUAUAGAUAAAUAAUGAGACGUAGUUGUUGUAAAGUAUGUUUAUAUCAAUGUAUAAUGACUUGUUGCUACAGAGUUCUUAUGUUAAUGAAUGUAUUUGAAAUAGCUUCAAGGAGAUGUUUGUUCUUACACAACAAAUGCAGCUUAACUUUUUAUAAAUUGUCAUAUAUUAUGUAUUUUUUUAAAGGUGGUUUUUGGUUUUUUUUGAAGCAAGGAUUAACAUCUUAUAAUGUACUCGGUAACUCAAACUACAGAUUGAUACAGUACAUGUCACAUAUCUCUUUUACAUGGAGUAUAUCACUACCAGAGACAGUAUCAUAAGUGGCAGUAAGCACAUCAUCUGUGAUUGAAACUUUCAAGGGACCUUUUUGAAACUUUUUUUCUCACACAGGAAAAUAGAAGAUAUGCAGUAUCACUAAAUAUCAUCCUCAGACUUUCCUGCAGAAAUUCAUAUCUGAAAAUAUCACCAGAGGUAGAAAUAGUUUUAAUUAGGACUACUGAAACAAGUUGAUUGAUUUCUGGUGCCUUUCCUGGUGUCUGUUGAUGUGAGCCUUAACUACAAACCUCUCUUUUAGUACAUGACCUUGUAAAACAAUGCCUCAUUUUCUGCUAACAGUUCACAGUCAGGUGUGUUUACUAAAUAACAGGCAGGUGUGUUAACCAUAGUAUCACACCACAAAGUUUCUCAGUAUUUAUUAAAUAUUAAAAGGCCGCACAAAUGUUUAAUGUAUUUGCUUAAGAAUUUCUCAUGCUGGUGUAACUACAGUACUGUAGAAGUAAAACUGUUGCCACCUGCAGUUCUAGAAUGAUUUGGUGCCAGGACUUAACUCCUGGACACUGGAAGAAGAGGCAGGAAUAAUUAAAUGAGAUGCAGAUAGAGGAAACAAAAGAUAGAGAAUGGGAAAAUAGCCCCCAAAAGGUAGUGUGAUCCUUGAGAAAGUGCAAAACUAGAAGAAGAAAAAAUCUGCUAGGUGAAUUAAUAGAAAAUUGGGUUUUAUCUUCUUGCCAGUCUUAUCUAAUUGUUAUAUUUUACCACUUCUGUUGGUCUUGAUCUGAACCUCAUGUUUCAACUCGGUCAGUUGGAGCUUGUUUCAGAUUACACUGUUGAACUGCUCUUUAAAAUGUUUCUUCCAUUUAAUUGAUAUAUUUCUCUGAUCAUGGGACAGCAUUAUAGAAAAUAUUAAUUGUAAGAUGCAUUUUAUUUACGUAAUAAAAUUUAUAAAAAUUAAUUAUAACCAUCAUUAAGUAAUGUAUGUGUUCAGUCAUAUUCAUGUAAUGUGUAUUCAAAAUGUUUCACGUAAGUUUGACAGAAAAAUGAAAAUCGAUUAACAAUUCUCUACCUGACUGUAAUACAGUAAGAUCUCAUAUUUCGCGUGAUUUCAUUUUGCAUUUUUGAAUUUUGCGAGCAUUACUUAAUGUAACCGAGUCUUAUAUUUGGCGUAAAAUAUCGUGAGUUUCGCGAGAUCCAGCAAGCUGAACGCGAGAUCCAGCAAGCUUGAAUGCUGGCCAUCAUCUUAAAUGGUCACAGCCCACAUACCAGUUACAGUUAUUUCUGCUAUAACGCGUGUUUUGUCAAAGCAAAUUGGUUGUAACGCAUUUGAUGAAUAGGGGAACGCUGUUUGUAAAACGCGUACUUUUGCAUACAAAUGUUGGCUAUAACACGAUUCCAUCCUCAAUGUUUUGAGUCCAUCCUGAACGUUUUAUGCGUGGUGCGGGUUUAUGCAAUGUUUACAGUUCACGUUCGACAUCACAUGUUCAAUUGAUUCGUGUCCUUUGUUUGUGAAGUGUUUUUUGAGAGAUACCCUGUAAAUUUAUUUACUUAUUUUUUUUAAAUUUAGCUGUUACCCAUAAAUACUAUAUGAAAAGAAUAAGUAAAAGGAAUGUUUCGCAUUGAGGACUAAUAACGGUUUGCACCAGCGCUCUCUGUUUACAUCACAUGAUCAGUUGAAUCACGCCGCUUCUGUCGAUUGCUUCGUGAUUUUCGCUGUUUUCUCCAAUUUUGUUGUGUUAGCAAUGGAUAUGGAAAGACAAGGUAAGAAGAAUGUUUCCAAGAAGCGUUCUGGUGAUCGAAUUGCCGGUGGUGAAUGUAAAAGAGGUUUACAAGAACGUUGCGUAUCGGGUUGUAGCCCGCGUCAUCCUAGCGACCGCCCUGGCUGCUAUUGUGUGCUAUUUUUGGGUGGUGCUACCACCUGUCGAGAAAAGAUAAUGGCCUCUGCCUCUACUGGGGGUCCUACUGGUGCUGGUGGGGGUGGGACAGACCCACCUAAGCUGCCAAAUAAGGAAAAGGAGAAGCAGGACUAUCAUAAGGGAGUUAAGUUUGCCAAGUAAUCGAUACAGGAUAAGCAGUGUGUAAUUAAGUUACUUGAGGAAGGCCUAAAAACUAGUUUCCAGAAAGCACAAUUAGGUCAUUAAAGGCAGAAUUUGUAUAAUUUUGAGGUUAUAAAUGGGAAAAUCAGAGGUUGAUGGAAGAGCGGCUAGUCUAUAUUGUUAUUUUUCCCACGAGUUUAUGUAUUUGCAUUUGGCGAAUUUGAAUUUGGCGCAAUUUUUUCAGUCUAUAUUACUUGCGAAAUACAAGAUCUUACUGUAAUUCUGUAUCUGUUGAUUAUUUUGUAUUCCUACCUUAUCUGCUGUAUUACCAGAGCCAGUACGGUUUCAUUUAAUUGUUAACUCAAAGGUGAGUACAGAAGUCUCUUGAACACUAAUCUUUAUAGAUACCGGUAGCAUUUAUAUUUCAAAUUCUAUGCUUCAAUAUUGACUGGUCAAAAUGUGACCACCACCAGUUACCUAUUAUACAUCAAGGUACUUGUAAGGAAUUGGUAAGGCAUCCCUUUUAUGCAUUACUUUGUAGGUUUUUCUCUACUAUUAGGGUGGGUUUACUUAUACUCACUGGUGUGAUGUAAACAAUGCAACUUUUGUUAUAAGCUUUAUAUUGUACAUUACAUGCUAAAAUAAACAAUCUUUGGAAUAACA